UUAUUAUCGUGAUAUAUACUCGAUGGAAAUUGCGCGUGAGACGAUACACGAGUGACACGUUGAUCAAUCACGAUGCAAACGGAAAGCCAGUUGGAUAUAUCGAUUAACUUGUCGACGUUUUUCUUGAAGAACGUUGGGGUAUGGAUGUCUGAUAAUCCUAGUGAACAACGUCGGAUAAAAAUGUUAUUCUUAUAUACGAUGUGGAAUUUGUUGUUUAGUACAGUUGUCAAUAGCAGAGAUUUGUAUUUCACAUUGUUGUACGACGGCGAUAUUCUUUAUGCCACGACGAAUAAUAUAACUAUGAUAAUGGGUAUGGCCAAAAUAUGCAUUAUAUUAAUAUAUAAGAAAAAGUUUUUAAAUCUAAUUGUGUACAUGCAACAAAAUUUUUGGAAUGUUAACUAUGAUCAUCGUGAGAAAAAAAUUUUAGAUGAUUGCAGAAAAACUUGUAUAUUUUUCGUCUCUUCUGUUACCACCAUGGCCAUAUGUGCCAUGAUAUGUUAUAUAAUGAUACCAUUCAUUGCACAAAGUGGAAACAAUGAAUCUGAGAGAAUGCUUCCAUUCAAUAUGUGGAUAAAUUUACCGGUAUCAAAGACGCCUUAUUAUGAAAUAACAUUUUUUAUACAAGCAACAUGUGUGUAUUAUGUUGGAAUCUCCUAUUUUUGUUUCGACAAUAUUUUCUGCAUCAUGGCCAUACAUUUGGCUGGUCAAUUUCGCAUACUUCGAUACAGGUUUACGAAACUAUGUGACAUAGAAUAUGAGAAUUCACAAUCGAUAUUGUCAAAACAGAUGCAUAAAUUUUACGAGAAAUUUAGAAAAUGCGUCCAACAUCAUCAGGCAUUGAUCGAUUUCUACCAAAAUCUUGAGAACGUGUAUACCAUGAUUACGCUUGGACAAGUGUUGGUAUUCAGUGUAUUAAUUUGCUUAUUCGGAUAUCAAGUGUUAGUGGCUACUAUUUCUUUUGCAAGACGCUUCAUUUUUGUCUUCAUGUUAAAUGGUUCGAUGUUUUUAUUGUUUAUGGUCACCUAUAGUUGCAAUGGUGUAAUAGAGCAUAGUGAUAACGUUGCUAUAGGAGCUUACUCAGCACUGUGGACGAUCAUGCCAAUGGACAAAUUUGGAAAAAUAUUUCGAAAGGAUCUGAUAAUUGUGAUUAGGCGAUCUAGACGAGUUUGUUGUCUGACUGCGAAUGGAUUUUUUCCUGUAUCGUUAGAAACAUAUACUAAAAUUUUGAGUACAGCAUUAUCGUAUUUCACAUUACUGAGUAAUCGUAUAGAAAAUAACUCAUAAAUUUCCAACGAUUCAUUAAUAAACAGUCUCAGAUUAAAUAUUACAUAUCCUAUUAAUAAAGGAAUAAAG